AUGAAAGCGUUCGCUAUAAUUUUUUGCAUCGCCUCAAUAUCGAGUUACGUUAACUCAUCGGCGAUCGGCAACGAAUCCCCGCAAAUAAUCCCCAUGCCCAAUGGUGUCAGCGGCGAUGGCAUAACCACCCGCUACUGGGACUGCUGCGCCCCAUCGUGCGCCUACUACGGGUACUUGCCGGCGGGAAUGCACCCGGUGCAAACCUGCCAGAAGGACGGUUACACCAACAGCACCGAAGAGAACAACGCCCAGUCCGGUUGCCAAGCGGGAGGAGUCGCUUACACUUGCAGCAACCAAAUACCCUAUCUCAAGAACGCCACCUUGGCCUACGGAUGGGCGGCGGCCUCCUUCACCGGCGGUUUGGACUACAGCCAGUGUUGCUCGUGCUUCCUGUUGUCCUUCAAAGGCCGAUUGACCGGGAAGAAAUUCCUCGUUCAAAACGUUAAUACAGGUCCCUACUUGGCAACUAACCAAUUCGAUUUGCAAAUACCUGGGGGUGGAGUGGGGCUUUACAAUCUGGGUUGCAUGACGCAAUGGAACACGUCGGAGGAUGGUUGGGGCGACAGGAUCACCGGAGUUAAAGACGAAGAGCAGUGCAAAAUCUUACCGGAGGUCCUGCAGCCGGGUUGCAGAUUCAGGUUCGAGUACAUGGAGGGUAUUGAUAAUCCCGAUGUUUCCUUCGAACAAGUGAAAUGUCCCGCUGAAUUGGUGGCUGUUUCCGGAUGCGGGAGUACUAAUUGA